AUGUUGCUCCUAAGUGGCACCUUCAUUCCUCCUGUUGUUACCAGCGGGUAUCAGCCUAAGGGAGAAUACGUAACCAUCAAUGGCAUCAAGAACUACAUCACCGGCCCCGAGACCGCGAUGGAAGCCAUUCUCAUCAUCUACGAUAGGGAGCUUCUCUCAUGGGCAUUCGCAGCAACAGAUAGCUUCGGAUUCUUCGAUCAAACCAUCCAGGGUGCCGAUAAUUUGGCCCACUCGGAUCCCAACCGCAAGUAUCGCGUGUUCAUGCCUGACUUCUUUGAAGGCAGCCCAGCACAGAUCUCCUGGUACCCCCCUCAGACAGAGGAGCACCAGAAAAAGCUUGGUGAAUUCUUUGAAACCAAGGCAGCACCAGCCAAGUCUUUGGCUAAAGUUCCGACCCUGGUCGCUCAGGCGAAUACAUUCGUGCCGGGUGGUAAGGAAUUUGAUAAGUGGCAACUUUUUUUCAAGGCUGCUGUGCAGGCUCACCCUGCAAUGUUGGACCCUUCAGAUGCACCCAAGGUUUGCAUCCCCAUGGCGCUGUUGGCUUCUAUAGACGAGCCUGUGAGCGAUGUGAAAGAGUUUGAGUCGGCCUUGGCCGUGCCUCACGGGGUCGAGACAUUCCCGGAUCAGAUCCACGGAUGGAUGGCUGCUAGGUCGGACCUUCAGAAUGAAAAAGUACGCCAGAAAUACCAGAGGGGCUAUAGCAUCAUCCUGGAUUUCCUUCGCAAGCAUCUCUAA